AUCUUCCUACCGCUGCCUCAUAUCGGCGAGCUCUUUGACUCAGGUAGCAAGUCGCCUCUUCCGCUUCUGCGCCGAGCGCUGGGCGGGAGGCGCCUGCACUGCCGUGGAAGGAGCAUCGGAUCGUCUGGGGGAGUGGUCGUUCCUCAGCAG